UCGCGAUCCGCAGCAGACGCACCGCCGUGCCGCGUUCUCUGCCGCCAGCGCCUCGCCAGCCGAGCGCCCCGCGAACCCGCGAGUGCUUUCACUGUGUUCUGCAUGACUACUUCACAUCAAGCCGCCACCAUGCCCUGCUUCACCAAGUACCUGGAGGGGCUAGUGAAAAGUGUCAACGUGUUCUUCCACGAGCGGACCCGCACCAAGGAGGCGCCGCACCCGAUGGGCGCGCUGCCGUCCGCGCAGAGGAAGCCGUCGUCGACGGCGUCCUCGCUGUCGCUCAUGUCGGCGUCGCGGCGCUCCAGCCGCAAGCGUCCGCGGAACAGCCUGGACGUGACGUGCUGCACCGGGCGCCGCAUCGUGGGCAAGGAGUCCCGCAUGGAGACGUCGGCGGCCGCGUCGGCGUCGGCGCCCCGCCUCGCGGAGGAGGCCGCCCCCGGCGUCGGCGUCUUCACCGAGGACGACUUCAGGUGUCCCCCCACCAUCGCCUACCCCAAGGCACGAGAGGGCUCACUGUACUCCAUGCUCCUCGUCGACCUCAAGGGCCACAACAGCCUGCACGCCAAGAGUCACCGCCUGGCCUGGGUCCAGCACAAUAUUCCGGGCGCCGCCUUCGCUCGCGGUGACAUCUCCGCCGGGUCCGUGUGCACGCCGUACCGGCCGCCGUGCUGCCGCCGCAACUCCAUGCACGUCCUGGUGCUGGUGUUCGAGCAGCAGCGCGGCGCCACGCUGCGCGACGUGAGCCCCGUGUUCGCCGAGGACUGCCUGCGCCUGUCCACCUGGCUGUCGCGCUUCGGCUCCACGGCGCGCCGCAUGGUGGUGUGCGAGGAGUUCCGCGCGCACGUCGAGCGCUCCGCCAGCGCGGCCGGCGACUCGAGCGACUCGGACGCCUGCUCGGCCAGCAGCGUGGAGCUCACCACCACCACCGUGUCCUUCCACAAGCUCGAGUCCCCCAAGAGGCCCAAGACGGCCGCCACCGCCUUCGUGUUCAGCGAGCAGAACGGCUGGGUGCCGGUGUCCGCCAGCAGCCUGGCCAGCAGCCUGGCCGAGAGGAAGGGGCGGCCGCUGGAGUCGCCCUGCGUGUCGCCCAAGGAGUCCGUCAAGAGGAUCAAGGUGUUCUAGGCCCGGCCCGCCGGCCCGACGCCACGUCUCUACCACAUCAGUAUUCUCUGCGGUCUGGCGGCCGCCCCGCCCAGCGCCCCGCUGCCCUGCGGCCGGGGACUUGGGGCCGGGGGCCGGGCCAGAGUUCGCGGACUCUGGGUGGCAACGGCCCAGCUCAGUUGGACCAGCCCAGUUGGACCAGCCCAGCCCGGCCGGCCUGCCGCUGCCGCGGUGCCGCGGUGCAGCGCGUCCACGCGUCCUCGACGUCCCGUCAAGGAAUCGACCGCUGGACAGACUCGCCGUCAAAGUGAUAUGCCAAUCUAGUCCCGACGACGCGAGCGGAUUCGACAGCCACCUCGUUCGCAGCGUCAUUUUGUAUUUCGUUUUUUCUUAGAAGGUGUAUGAUCUUGCCCUGUCACCUCGCCACGAGGGUGAAUGAAGCCGAUAGCCCCCCCUUAAGUUUUUGCACCUGCUCUUGUCCUGUAGCUGAUAGUGCAGAGGAUUCAUCACUCCGUGCACGCCGUGCAAAAAAAAAAUGUUUGUUUUAAGCAAUCUUUUCUUGAUCUUUUUGUGACACUCCACCGAGCUUUCUCGUUUCAUAGAAAGUCGUGAAUGGCUAGCGACCGCAUUAAAAGAAAAAGCAUUGUCUUAUUACUUCCCCAAUCGGCUUUGUAUUUUUUGGGCGUUGCGCUAAUCUACUGUUGGUUCUCCUUGAUAUCCUUGGCCUCUCCAAAAGCUCUCCAACUAAAUCUGAGACUACUUUAUCUUUUAUCUACUUAAAACUCGUACUGAUCUCGUCACUGAUGCGUGCCAUAGGAUGUUGGUAAAGGACUGAGAAUGAGAGCCAACGCGCAAAACUGAGCUAUUUUUAAUGUUGUAUUUAAUGAGAGGGACAACGGUCACUCGUGCCUGAACUACGUUCCUAUACAUUUGUAUCACGAGCCAAUACGUAUUUAUUUUCUUGCCAAUUGUGUAUUUUUGUGAUUGUGUGUGUUUUUGUACAAACGAGCAUUUUCUCAUCAGUAUUAAGUUAAUUCAUAUCCAUGAAAUUCUAUGACAUUUUUUUUCAUACCUUUGUAAGUAAAAUUUGACAAUGACGUAUGCAGAAUAAUAAAACAAAUUCUGUAGAACAAUUAAA